AUGUUGCAACUUUCUAAGACUACCAAUGAUCAUAUCCAGACUACUGAUGCUUUUAUGAAUGAGACAAGAGCCUACCAUAAGAACCAAUAUGCUUCCAUCCGAAACUUGGAGAAUCAGAUAGGCCAAUUGUCUAGGAAGCUAGCUGAAAGAACUCAGGGGCAGUUUUCGAGUGAUACCAUUGUGAAUCCGAAGGAGCACUGCAAAUCCAUUAUAACUAGGAGUGGUAUUAUGGUCACACCUCAAGAGAAACCCAAGGCGGUGAAGGAAAAGAUCAAUGAGGAACCAGAAAAAGAAGUGGAAGAUCCUGCAAGCAUUGAAGAGCCAGAGCAAAAAGGUGAGGAAAAGGAGCAACCUGCUGGAACUCCGAAGAAGAUGACUGAUUAUUCUCGUUUUGAGAAACCUCCUUACCCUGUGAAGCUCAAGCAAUAUGCACAGAAGCAACAAUAUACCAGGUUUUUAGAUAUGUUUAAAAAGUUGCAUAUUAAUAUUCCUUUUGCUGAGGCUUUAGCAAACAUGCCUAACUAUGCUAAAUUUAUGAAAGAUUUGUUGUCUAGAAAGCAUAUGUUACAGGAUUGUGAGACAGUAGCACUUACUGAGGCGUGCAGUGCCAUUAUACAGAAAAAGUUCCCACAAAAGCUUCGAGAUCCUGGGAGUUUCAACAUCCCAAUUGCGAUAGGCAACACUAAUAUUGGUCGGACACUCUGUGAUCUUGGAGCAAGCAUCAACCUGAUGUCGCUAUCGGUGUGUAAGUCAUUAGGAAUUACUGAAUUGAAGCCAACUAUGGUCUCUCUACAGCUUGCUGACCAUUCCUUGAAACGACCUAAUGGAGUCAUCGAGGAUGUCCUUGUUAAAGUUGACAAGGUUAUUUUUCCUGCCGAUUUCUUUGUGUUGGACAUGGAGGAGGAGAGUGAAAUACCCCUUCUGUUGGGUAGACCGUUCUUGGCUACAGCUCGAGCUAUGAUUGAUGUAGAACAACGAAAGAUCGAAUUGAGGAUGAAUGAUGAGACAAUCACUAUCAAUGUUUUUGAUGCUAUGAAGAAUUCAUCUGACCAAAGUGAUUGUUUCAGACUUGAUGUAUUGGAAGAGGUGGUCAAGGAAGAGAACAUUGAUGAUCAAGAGUUCGAGGAAGAGCUGAAGGCUCAAGAUGAAGCCACUCCACAAGAAGAGCUAGAAGUUGUUUUUAAGGUGCUAGAAAAGAAAGAAAAUGACUUAGUUACAAUAGUACCAAAAACAGAAUUGAAAGAGUUACCUGAAACUCUUAAGUAUGCCUUCUUGGGAGAUGAAGAGUAA